AUGUCUACCCGUACUCUCACCGCCACCUUCCUCCUCCUCAUCGCCACCAGCACCACCGUCUUCAUCACUGCCCCCACCACAUCUAGCACUGGAGAACACGAGGCCCUUCGAGCAACCAAAUCAAUGAUCUCGCAGGCCAAAACCUGGAUUGACCACAAUUUCAUGUUCCUUGACCAUAACAAUGAUGAAGAGAUCGGUAACAAGAACAACGUGAUGAGACAUAGUUUGGGUCUGAGUGAUUGCUCUAAGCAAUACGGGGACAGCGAGUCUCGGCUCACGCAGUUGCUGGAAGGGGAGGAUUACACAGCCGAGGAUGCUUGGGCGUGGCUGAGCGGCAUGUCGGCAAACCACUGGACUUGUUUGGAUGGCUUGGGGGAGGAGGGUCAUGCUUUGAUAGUUAACUUGACUCGCUCUCUUGGCCAUGCCUUGGCUUUGUAUGGAAGAGAAAGAAGAACACCGCCAAGGUUUGGACCGGACCCGAAUGGCGGGCUUUUAGCAUCAUGGAAUACAGCAACGUCCAAGGUCGAUUUCGCCAUGGCAAAGGACGGUUCCAGCACUCACAGGACGAUCACCGAGGCCAUGGCCACGCUCGCUAGAAUGGGCAAGAGUCGGCCGGAGAGAGUGGUGAUCCAUGUGAAAUCGGGAGUCUAUAACGAGAAAGUCGAGAUCGGAAGGGACACGAAAAACGUGAUGUUCGUCGGCGACGGCAUGGAUCAGACCGUCGUCAUCGAGAGCAGAAAUGUUCCAGACGGUUCCACCACUUUGACUUCAGCUACAUUUGCUGUCUCUGGGGAUGGCUUUUGGGCAAGGGACAUGACAUUCGAGAACACAGCGGGCCCCCAGAAGCACCAAGCCGUCACGCUAAUGGUCAGCUCGGACCUAUCCAUCUUCUACCAGUGCAACUUCAAGGCUUACCAGGACACGCUCUUCACGCACUCCUUGCGACAGUUUUACCGCUACUGCCACGUCUACAGCACCAUUGACUUCAUCUUCGGCAACGUGACCGUCGUCUUCCAAAACUGCAACAUCUGUCGGAGGCCAAUGGACCACCAGGCCAACAUGGUGACCGCUCAAGGUCGAGACGCAAACGAGAACACAGGGAUUUCAAUCCACGGGUCGCGGAUUGCCCCCGCCCCCAACUUCGCACCAGUCAAGAGCUCCUUCAAGAGCUACCUGGGACGGCCGUGGAAGAAGUACUCGAGGACAGUAAUCAUGAAGACAAAUCUCAACCGGUUGACAGACCCAAAGGGAUGGAACGAGUAGAGUGGCGAUUUCGCCCUCAAGACCUUGUUUUAUGGAGAGUACAUGAACUUGGGCCACGGCGCAUUGAUGGAGAGGAGGGUGAAUUGGCCAGGUUUCCAUGUCCUCAAGAGUCCUCAGGAGGUCAGGCCAUUUUUGGUGAGAAGAUUCAUACAAGGAGAAUUAUGGAUUCCUAAGACUGGGGUACCAUUUUCACUUGAUAUUUGA